GAACAGCUGUAAAGCAAGAAGACUAAUCACGGAAACACACUGCUGGAGAUCUGGCUUAAGGAAAGAAAGGGUGGUGUCUACAAGUGGUUAUUCAAGAUUCGUGGUGUAUUUCUAUAUCGAAUUCAGUAAGCUGUUCGAAGGCUGCGUCUGUCUCCACCCCACGGUUCAUUAAGCAUACACUAUCGCGUACAGACUGACCUUGGCCGCAAUAAGUACGGAAGAGGAUUGCUCCCGCCCACGUACCUAUCUUCCAAAUUCGCCUUCGCCCAAAGCAUACUCCUGCACCACCUUGAACUUACCGACCUUCGUUGGAAGUGGAAGUCAUGAAAGGGAGCUUUGGCGGAGAGUGCUUGCUGUGCCAGCAGUGAACCGGAGACCACAUGAUGGAGGAAACAAGGCGGGGAUCUUCCAGCUGCCCCGACAUUGGGAAGAUGAUUCCAUGGAAUGCAUUUGAUAACUGGGUGCAUGCAAUAUGUGUUGUUACUUUUGACCUGGAGUUGGGACAGGCAAUGGAGACGGUGCUGCCCAGCCCUAGCCGGCUGGCGGACCAGGAGCGCUCCAGCGUCUGCUACCUCGCCUUCCCCGACUCCAACUCGGGCUGCAUGGGCGACACGCAGUUUCACUUCCGCCUGAUGCGGGCCGAGUGUGACGGCGGGCUGUCGGCCGCGCAGACCAGGUACAACAGCGAGUGUCCGCCGAGCCUGCAGAUCGAGAGCGCGUUCCUGUAUGGGUUCGCCUACUUCCGACAGGUCAAGGACAGGUCACUGCGUCGAGGCUACUUUCAGAAGUCGGUGGUGCUGCUCACCAGGUACCCGUUCGUGAACCUGUUCAGCAAGGUGGUGGGCCUGCUGGCGCCGGAGUACUUCGACGGCGACGGCGACGCGCUGGCGGCGGCGUGCGCCGACAUAGACCGGUGGCCGGACCCCGUGCCGGGCCAGACGCUCGGUCUGCUCGUCCGAGGGCACCUCUUCCAGGUGCGGCUGCCGGCGCAGCAGGACAGGAUGUUGACCUGUGCGCCACUGCCGGCCUCGCCGGCCCGCCGGCCGGCCGCGGCCAGCACGCUGGUGGCCAGCGUGCACGAGCCAGACCUGUUCUCGGCGCUGCAGCCGCUGCUGGCACACGCCCAGCUGCUCUGGGAGCUGGUCAUCACGGCCGAGCCGCUGGUCGUCAUGGCGACCACGCCGGCCGUCUGCAGUCACGUGGUGCAGGCGCUGGUCAGUCUGGUGUGGCCGCUGCGCUACUGCGGCGACUACCGGCCCUUCUUCACCAUCCACGACACCGACUUCAAGGACCUGACGCAGCUGGGCGGGAGCCAGGCUCCGCCGCCCGUCAUCCUGGGUGUCACCAACCCGUUCUUCGCCAAGACGCUGCAGCAAUGGCCGCACAUCCUGCGCAUCGGCGGGCCGGCCGGCGGACGCUUGGCUGGUACCACGCAGAAGAACAAGAUUAGGAAAGGCGGCAGUCUAAAGACCGUUGACUCGAAGCCCGGCCUCUACACACAGUACAAACCAUUUCUACAGAGAGACAAGACGAUACAGGGCAAGCUGCAGCGGGGACAGGCGACCGAGCGGCCGCAGGAGGCGCAGAGCGCCUUGCUACGGCGCUACCUGCUGGAGCUGACGCAGAGCUUCGUGCUGCCGCUGGAGCGCUACAUCGCCACGCUGAUGCCGCUCCAGCGCAGCAUCUCGCCGUACAAGGCGGCGCCGGUGAUGCGCCCGUUCAACCCGGACGACUUCUGCCAGCGCCUGGGCGACUCCGGGCCUCAGCUCACCACCGGAAUCAAAGGAGACUGGGUGGGGCUGUACCGACGCUUCUUCCGUUCGACCAACUUCAGCCACUGGUUCAACGAGCGUCACGACGAUAUCAGCCGCAAGCUGCAGGCCCUGCACUUGGAGGCGCUCAGUGACGCGGACGUGCUGACCUGGGUCAAGGACAAGCAGGAGGUGGAGGUGGUGGACCUGGUGUUGCGGCUGCGGCGCAAGCUGGCUGACGCCGACACAGACCGACUGCCGGUGCACGCCAGCACGUUGGCCAAGCUGCGGCUCCAGCUGCGCGACGUCACGCGCAGCCUGCCCGAAGACGUGCGCGCCGUGCUGAAGCAGCCCAGCUGACCGCCGCCGGACGCUCCGGUGGC